AAUACUCCAAAGAACGAGGAGUAUAAUAUGAAUGGUGUUUUGAACAGCAGCCGACACUAUUUUAGUUGAGCCAUUCUAAUUAGACACGUUGGAACUAAAUUAGGAAUGCAAUGUCGCUUGCCAUGAAGCCAUUCUUGCAUUUUCUUGUUUUACUUUUUGUUGGAUUCAACUCUGCUGCUUCACAAACAAUUGUGGAUACCCUUCCCGGCUACGACGGAGCUCUGCCUUUCAAACUCGAAACAGGAUAUAUUGGUGUUGGGGAGAAUGAUGAAGUUCAGCUCUUUUACUACUUCAUCGAGUCCCAAAACUACCCAAAUCGAGACCCUUUGCUGCUCUGGCUCACUGGCGGCCCCGGUUGCUCUGCCUUUUCCGGCCUCGUUUAUGAAAUCGGUCCACUGGCCUUUGAUUUUGAGAACUUUGAUGGAAGCUUACCUUCUCUUGUAUUGAACCCAUAUUCUUGGACUAAGGUUGCCAGCAUUAUAUUCCUAGAUUACCCUGUUGGAACUGGAUUCUCAUAUUCCAACACUACAACAAGCUACUCUUCCUCCGACACUAUUUCAACCCAACAUAAUUACACAUUUCUACGCAAGUGGUUGUUAGCUCAUCCCGAGUUUAUCAAGAAUCGUCUCUAUGUUACUGGUGACUCUUAUGGUGGCAAGAUUGCUCCCAUGCUUGCUCUUGAAAUAGCUAAAGGCAAUGAAGCGGGAAGAGAGCCAAUAAUGUCUCUCAAAGGCUACAUUGUUGGAAAUGCAGUGACGGAUGAAAACGAGGAUAUUAAUGAAAGGAUACCUUAUGCUCACAGAAUGGCACUCAUUUCCGACAAACAAUUUGAGCGAGCAAGAAUCAACUGCAACGGAGUGUAUGUGAAUCCAGAUCCAAAUAAUAUCGAAUGUCUAUCUGCUCUUUAUAGCAUCAAUCAGUGCACCGAGCUUAUCUAUGGUGCUCAGAUCCUGGAGCCAACGUGCGAAGAAUACUCAAAACCAAAACAAAGUGGUUCUACAAGGUUCCUACCGUCUCUAUUAGAUGAUCCAGUCGACUUCCUAUCCCUCUCCAGCCGAAAUGAACAAACAUGCCGUGAUGACAAUUAUGUGACCUCCUACGUGUGGGCUAACGAUGAAACUGUAAGAGAAGCUCUGCACAUCAGAGAGGGUAUGGUACCUUAUUGGAAGAGAUGUAACUGGAGCAUGAUAUACGAAAAAGACACAGAAAGCGUUGUCGAAUAUCAUCAAAAUCUGAGUGAUAGAGGCUUCCAAGCCUUGGUGUAUAGCGGUGAUCAUGACUUGAGUGUACCUUACAUGGCCACAUUGAAAUGGAUACGCCAACUGAAUUUGUCCGUGUAUGAUGAGUGGAGGGCGUGGACCGUUGAUGGUCAAGUUGCAGGAUACACAGAGCUAUACAAGAGUAAGAUGAAGGAGGCUUACCUCAUGUUUGCUACAGUCAAGGGGGCCUGGGCACACAGCACCAGAAUACAAGCCUAGAGAGUGUUUGGAAAUGUUAAGAAGAUGGUUAUCUCUCUUCCCACUCUAAAAUCUCUCCCAUCUUCAUUUUCCUAAUAAUUUUCCAUUCUUGCUUGGAUUAAAGCACUUGGAAUUUCCUAUGCCUGUUUCUGUAUGUUUGUGUUUGUGUUUGUGUAUGUUACUAAACUUGUACUCCAUUUCGUUAGUCGAAUCAUUCCCCUUCAUUGCAAAAAACAACAUAUUGUACUAUUUCCUCAAUUAUUUAGUUCAGCUAUGCAAUAUUGCAAGCCAUCAAUCCAACGAUCAUCAUUGGAACAA